CCUUGCUAUCAUGCCAUGGCAUAAUAGCAAGGUCCAGUUUCCCGGAGCCGUGGUCAUCAUGCCAUGGCAUGGCAUCGUGUGGACCUUGCGAACAUGCCAUGGCACAAUGGCAUGAUGGCAAGGGGCAUCAUGCCAUCCGUCCAUAGCAUGGCAUGGCAUAGUCUGGACCUUGCCAUCAUGGCAUGGCGUGCCAUGCCGGGUGCAGUAUCCCGACGCCGUGUUCAUAAUGCCAUGGCAUGGCAUCGUCUUGACCUUGCCAUCAUGGCAUGGCAUGAUGGCAUGAUGGCAAGGGGCAUCAAGCCAUCAUGCCAUGGCAUGGCAUUGCUAUGUUCCAUCAUGGCAUGGCAUCGUCUGGACCUUGCCAUCAUGCCAUGGCAUGCCAUGUCCAGUCUCCCGGAGCCGUGGUCAUCAUGCCAUGGCAUGGCAUCGUGUGGACCUUGCGAUCAUGGCAUGGCACGAUGGCAUGACGGCAAGGGGCAUCAUGCCAUCCUGCCAUGGCGUGGCAUGGCUAUGUUCCAUCAUGGCAUCGUCUGGACCUUGCCAUCAUGCCAUGGCCUGCCAUGUCGGGUUCAGUCUCCCGGAGCCGCCGGACCUUGCCAUCAUGCCACGGCAUGGCCCGGGGUCGCGGAGACGGCAGACCAUGCCAUGGCAUGUCCCGGCGUCCCGGAGCCGCCGGACCAUGCCAUGCUAUGGUCUGGUGUUGCUGAGGCGCCGGACCAUAGAAUAGCAUGGUCCGCCGCCCCGGAGCCGCCGGGCCAUGUCAUGCUAUGGCCUGGCAUCGCGGAGGCGCCGGACCAUACGAUAGCAUGGUCCGGAGUCCCCGAGCCGCCGGACCAUGCCAUGUUAUGGUCUGGCGUCGUGGAGGCGUCGGACCAUACGACGGCAUGGUAUGGAGUCCCUAAUCCACCAGAGCAUGCCACGCUAUGGUUUCGCGUCGUGGAGGCGCCUGGCCAUACCAUGGCAUGGUCUGGAGUCCCGGAGCCGCCGGACCAUGCCAUGGCAUGGUUGCACAGUGAUCACAGGCAGUGGUUGCACAGAGCCUCCGAUGGUCCGACGUCCUGGAGGCGCCGGACCAUCCCAUGUUCUGGCGCCUCGAGGACGCCGGACCAUCGGAGGCUCUGUGUAACGUCUGCCUGUGUUCACUGUGCAACCUCGGCGAGGUUGUUCUCGUGGUCCGUUGUUCUCGUGGCGUCGCCGAGGUUGCACAGUGAUCACAGGCAGAGGUUACACAGAGCCUCCGAUGGUCCGGCAUCUUGGAGGCGCCAGACCAUCCGAUGGUCCGGCAUCCCGGAGGCGGCAGACCAUCCCAUGGUCCGGCGUCCUCGAGGCGCCAGACCAUUCCGUGGUUCAUUGUUCUCGAGGCGUCGCCGAGGUUGCACAGUGAUCACAGGCAGACGUUACACAGAGCCUCCGAUGGUCCGGCGUUCUCGAGGCGCCAAACCAUCCCAUGGUCCGGCGUCCUCGAAGCGCCAGACCAUCCCAUGGACCGUUUUUCUCGAGACGUCGCGGAGCUUGCACAGUGAUCACAGGCAGAGGUUACAUAGAGCGUUCGAUGGUCCGGCGUCCUGGAGGUGUCGGACCAUCCUAUGGUCUGGCGCCUCGAGGACGCCGGACCAUCGGAGGCUCUGUGUAAUAUCUGCAUGUGUCCACUGUGCAACGUCGGCGAGGUUGUUCUCGUGGUCCGUUGUUCUCGUGGCAUCGCCGAGGUUGCACAGUGAUCACACGCAGAGGUUACACAGAGCCUCCGAUGGUCCGGCAUCUUGGAGGCGCCAGACCAUCCGAUGGCCCGGCGUCCCGGAGGCGGCAGACCAUCCCAUGGUUCGACGUCCUCGAGGCGUCAGACCAUUCCAUGGUCCGUUGUUCUCGAGGCGUCGCCGAGGUUGCACAGUGAUCACAGGCAGACGUUACACAGAGCCUCCGAUGGUCCGACGUCCUCGAGGCGCCAGACCAUCCCAUGGUCCGGCGUCCUCGAGGCGCCAGACCAUCCCAUGGACCGUUUUUCUCGAGACGUCGCGGAGCUUGCACAGUGAUCACAGGCAGAGGUUACACAGAGCGUUCGAUGGUCCGGCAUCCUGGAGGCGCCGGACCAUCCUAUGGUCUGGCGCCUGGAGGAUGCCGGACCAUCGGAGGCUCUGUGUAACGUCUGCCUGUGUUCACAGUGCAACGUCGGCGAGGUUGUUCUCGUGGUCCGGCGUCUUGGAGGCGCCAGACCAUUCCAUGACCAUCCCAUGGUCCGUUGUUCUCGAGGAGUCGCCGAGGUUGCACAGUGAUCACAGGCAGAGUGAUCACAGCCAGACCAUCCCAUGGUCCGUUCUUCUCGAGGCGUCGCCGAGGUUGCACAGUGAUCACAGCCAGACCAUCCCAUGGACCGUUUUUCUCGAGACGUCGCGGAGCUUGCACAGUGAUCACAGGCAGAGGUUACACAGAGCCUCCGAUGGUCCGGCGUUCUCGAGGCACCAGACCAUCCCAUGGUCCGGCAUCCCCAAGGCGCCAGACCCUCCUCCCUCCUUCUUAUAUCCUUCCUCUCCCUCUUCUUCUCCUGAUACUGUGAGAGAAAUUACAGACAGAGGUUGCACAAGGUCUGCCGCCUCGUCGUCGAGGUUGCACAGUGACAGAGAUUACAAGCGGAGGUUAGGCAGUGGGAAAGAUUACAGGCAGAGGUUACACACGUCGUCGAGGUCACAAAGCAGUUACUACCCGUGCGGGGGUAUCAAGACGUACUCGUUUGAUAAGAACAUGUCUGACGAGGAGUACAUGAGAUUUCAUUUGACAACGUGUUUCGACAGCGAUGGUCACGAGGUGUCUGACAACUACAAGCUCGUGUCUCUCCAAGUCGACAAGUUCCAAGGUUACGACAUCCGCGCUGCAUCAAUGUCGUCGUUCGACAAGUCGAAGAAGAAGGAUGCCUCGCAGAUGGUGAUGCUAAGGCCGUUCGAGUUCCUCAAAUGCAUUAAUUGCUAUAAGGUGUCGAGCCAUAUCAUGGCGAUUGACAACAAGUUGCAGUUGUCAACUCCCUUCGUGCCGUUCGACUGUGAUCUUGGAGACUUCGCAGACAUGGUGCGACGGCACAAGCUGCAGGCGAUGGGCCAAGCCGUUUUGCGAACUACCAUGUCUGUGAGUUCGCCACAGGCGGUAGGCAAGAGUUGUGGGGAGCCGAAAACAUCCGCCCGUAUGAGCAAAAGUGGGGCCGCAUCGACACAGGCAAAGAGCGUGAGCAAAUCAGCUUUUUUUCUCCAGCCGAAGUGUGUGUCUGCGACGCAGGCACCAUCACAUGCAGACUAUGCGGCACGCGUUUCUUUGACUCCGGCUGGUGGGGCCACUGGCCAUGAGGAUGAUGACGAAAACACAGAGGAGGACUCGCACUUUAAACAGUGGGACGGUGGGCGGUGGGCCGAUGGCAAUGACGCGAAAGACACGGAAGGGGACGAGGACGAACAGCGGUUCCGCGACGGUGCACACGAUGAAGAAGGAAGCUUGGAGGAUGACUUGGACGAAGGCGACGGUAGUGAAGGCCAAGAGGAUGGUGGUCACGACGGCGAUGGGAGUGAAGACGAAGAAAAUGAGGAUGCAAGUGACGAGGACGCCGCAGAACGGGAAGACAGCUACGAAGGGGGGAGCGAAGGAGAUGAGGGUCGGGAGGACGACGACGACAACGGGAAUAGAGGGUCACAGAAAAGGCGGGAACAGUCUUCCCGUGCCACUAGUCAUGAUGGUCCGACAGAAGAUGACGAUCUGUUGCAUGGCACACAGAGGUCUGUGUGCAUGCGCAAGAGAAAAAUGAGAUGUGGGAAAGCAGAGGAAGAGAAGCGGAGACAAGCUAAGCUCAUCAGCCUACAGGCCUCAAAGGAGGCUUACAAGAGAUCCUUAGAGGCGCAAUCCGCUAAACCAGCAAAGGAAAAGCGUGAACGCACUCGAUCUUCCCAGAGGCUGGAGAAGAAAGCAAAGGCCGAUGAGACAAAGGAAGUGGCGGACUCUGGGGACGAAGCGGCGGGGGKCGACCCGAGACAUACAGCGUCAAGGCCUGGAGAGUUGACCAACGACACUAUCGACACCACGAAAUGUUUUCUCCUGGAAUACGACGAGGACGGCAAUGCGAUAGAUCGGCCUACCCAAGUUUUUGUUGACGUGGUCAAAAUACUGCCCAACCCUUCGGAAGGCGUGCAAUACAACCACAGGCCGUUGAACGAGAUGUUGGUCACCUCCAUCAGGGACGUAAUGGAACACCCCGAAAAGCAGAAGGAGUGGGACAGAAACACCUUGAUUCUUGCUCCUAUCGUUGAAGUGGAGAAGGAUGGUCAAAAGCGGUGGGAACGUGUGAAGCCGGAGGACUGGGAUGAUGACGAGGUUGCCUCCUACCAUUGGUACACAGUGGCCGGCCAACAUACAGCGGAGACAGCAAAGAGGCUGGUCGCUGCAAGAUCGUCUGCUGCCCACAAGUGGGGCGUGCAUUCUUGGAAGGCGCGGGUUGUAUUUUGACGACGACCAUUUGGAGGGGUAUGCAUACAUCUCCACGUUUGACAACACCAGGGAGACACGUGCUAUCCCGUC